AUGGCAACCAUAGCAACUAAAGUCAAAGGUCCUGGCUAUUGGGGUCUGAUGAAUCCACAAUGGAACAUGUGUUCAAAAGGCAGACGGCAAUCCCCAAUAAAUGUAGAACCAGACAAAUUAUUAUUUGAUCCUUUAUUAAGGCAUAUACACCUUGAUAAGCAUAAGGUUAGCGGUAUGUUACACAAUACUGGCCAGUCUUUGGUGUUUAGGGUAGACAAGGACACAAAACAACAUGUUAAUAUAUCUGGAGGUCCUUUGGCCUAUAGGUAUCAGUUUGAAGAAAUCUACAUACAUUAUGGUAUAGAAAAUCAACAAGGUUCUGAACACCACAUACAUGGGUAUUCAUUUCCAGCAGAGAUCCAACUAUAUGGUUUUAAUAAGGAAUUGUAUCAUAAUAUGUCAGAGGCGCAGCAUAAAUCACAAGGAAUUGUUGCAAUAUCGUUAAUGGUGCAGAUUGGUGACACGCCUAAUCCAGAGCUUAGGAUCAUUACAAGUGUUUUUAAUAAAGUCCAAUAUAAGGUAAUGAUAACUUAUGGUAUGAAUACUUCAGCAAUCAAGUAA